CAUGAACCUCCCUUGCUUUACACUCCUGUGGACAAACUUCUUCUUUCAGAGGAAGAGAGAAUGGCUCCUUCUCCACUCAAGCUCACUACCAUUUUCUCCGUCCUCAUACUACUGAUCCUGCACACUCAGCAGACCCUGUCCACCGAUAUCGACGACGACGAAGAGUAUGUUCUGGACACUCCUCUGCCCAAUCUCAGGUCAAGAAGCAGAUUCUUAGCCACUGUAUUAAAGAAAGGUGCAAGUUGCAAUCCCAUUACUCGCAACAUCUGUAAUGGGGUCUCAGCUAACAAUGGGACGAGCUGGUUACAGUGCUGCAAGACACAUUGCAGGAAUAUCCUCGGAGAUGAAAACAACUGUGGCCUCUGCGGUAACAAGUGCAGGUUUGGACAGCUCUGCUGCCAUGGAAGUUGUGUUACUGCUGCAAAUAAUAAUGAUCACUGUGGCAAGUGCGACAAUAAAUGUGCUCCAGGGACUUCAUGCAGCUUUGGAUCAUGUGGGUAUGCUUAAAAGAAAUUAAAUAUUUAGGGCAUAAUAUAUAUAAUAUAUAUAGAUGGAUUUAGAAGGAAAGGAAUAAAAAGGAUAGUUUAUCAGAGAUUAUUAGCUGAUAUGUUCUGGCUUGGGCUGCAUUAUUUUUACAAGGGAAGUGAGAGUUCAGAAAAGUUUUAAGUUUCGUGCUUUUGUACUUAAUUAACAAGCUUGAGUUUUUAUACAUGAACAAUAUAUCACUAAUAAAGAAGCUUGUU